AUGGGUGUGGAUUAUUAUAGCAUAUUGAACGUUACUAGGACCGCGACUGAUGAUGAUCUGAAGAAAGCAUAUAGAAAGCUUGCUAUGAAAUGGCACCCGGACAAGAACCCCAAUAACAAGAGUGAGGCUGAAGCCAAGUUCAUUCAGAUAUCUGAAGCCUAUGAAAUAUUGUGCGACCCUCACAAAAGGUCUUUAUACGAUCAACAUGGUGAAGAAGGCUUGACAGAAAUGCCAAAACAUGAUUCUAAUAGCAAAAAAGGGUUCAAUGCUCAAAGUGCCGAGGAUAUAUUUGCGGAGUUUUUUGGUAGUAGCCCUUUCGAGUAUGAGACAUCAGGAGCCGGAGGAAGAACAUUUGGUGGCUACAAUAGAACUGAGAACAAUUUUAAAGGGUCAAAUGAUGGUAAUGAUUCAACCAUGCAAAAAAAACCUCCACCAGUGGAGAACAAAUUGCCUUGUAGCCUUGAGGAAUUGUAUAAUGGGACAACAAGAAAAAUGAAGAUCUCAAGAAUAGUGGUUGAUGCCAAUGGGCAUUUCAAACAAGACACAGAGAUAUUGACCAUCGAUGUGAAGCAAGGGUGGAAAAAGGGAACAAAGAUCACGUUCCCCAAUAAAGGAAACGAACAAAUUCACCAGCUUCCGGCAGAUCUGGUGUUUGUAAUUGAUGAGAAGACUCAUGACGUGUAUAUGAGAGAUGGAAACGAUUUGUUGAUGAAGUAUAAGGUUACCUUAGGAGAGGCACUUAGAGGAACCACCAUUAACAUUACGACACUUGAUCAACGAGAUCUAGCAAUCACAGUAACUGACAUUAUUACUCCUUUUUAUGAGCUUGUGGUUAGCCAAGAGGGAAUGCCAAUCGCUAAGGAUCCUGAGUUAAGAGGGAAUCUAAAGGUUCAAUUUGAAAUCAAAUUUCCUACGAAGUUGACACCUGAGCAGAAGACAGCACUAAGGCAUGCUUUGGUUACUUAA